AUUCGCCUCUCGUAUUCGCUGUCGUCAACACACACGCGCACGCAACAACGGGCAACGGGCAGCACCGAACAGGUUUAAAUCUAUUUGUCGAGUCUCUGGUCGAGUCGAGUUGAGCUGAGUCUUGAUCGGUCCAGGUAAAAGAACGCGCCGUGUGUUUCAGUUAAGCGUUGGCACUGAACCGGGUAACAAUCUUUCACUCCUCCGCUCCGGAGCACCAAUUCUUCGUACAACAGAAUACUUACGUCGCGUUUAACAACUCUCCUACUUUUACUAUGUAGAGCAAAUGGAAAGUGUUUCGAGCUUACGAUCUGUUCAUUCAUAAAACUGCUGCAAGUUUUUUACAAGUGAAAUAAGCACAAACAAAUAAGUGGCUGUAUAUAUGAAAAAUAUAUAUUCAAAUCCGAACAGUGUGAUCCAACUGAAAAGAAAACAAAUCGAUAUAUGAAUCCACAUCAAUACGAUGCACAAAAAAUCCAAAUCAGUAUCAGUGCGUAUGCUAAUGAGGAUUAUGCCUCAUUUAUAGUGCGCUAAUUGAACGUGAAAUUGCCAUAUAAAAUUAUAUUUAGCCAGGCCUAUAUAUGACAUAGCAAAUAAGGCCCAGCCAUUGACAAGCGAAUCAAAUAUCAAUAAGCAAAUAAAAACUGACUAACUGGUCAGCUAUAUACCAUCCACAUAUACCAACAAUAAUAUUUGUGUAAUAAAAGCGAAAAACUUUGCCAUGGAUUUAAGUUAUAUGUUUAUCGUCUGCCUGCUGGCGCUAUGCAGCGCCGACGCCGAAAGUAAACAGAAAUCGGGCAGGGGCCGAGGCUCCAUGUGGUGGGGCAUUGCCAAGGUCGGCGAACCCAAUAACAUAUCACCCAUCAGCACUGGCAUUAUGUACAUGGAUCCUGCCAUUCACUCAACUCUGCGUCGCAAGCAGCGGCGUCUCGUCCGAGAUAAUCCUGGCGUGCUUGGAGCUCUGGUCAAGGGCGCUAAUAUGGCCAUCAGUGAGUGCCAGCAUCAAUUUCGCAAUCGUCGCUGGAAUUGCUCAACGCGAAAUUUUCUGCGUGGCAAGAAUCUAUUUGGCAAAAUCGUAGAUCGGGGCUGCCGUGAGACGGGGUUCAUUUAUGCAAUUACCAGUGCGGCUGUUACCCAUUCGAUAGCGCGAGCCUGCAGCGAAGGCACCAUCGAAUCCUGCACCUGCGACUACAGCCACCAGACGCGCUCUCCGCAGGCCAACCAUCAGGCGGGCAGUGUGGCCGGCGUCCGGGAUUGGGAAUGGGGCGGCUGCUCCGACAACAUCGGAUUCGGCUUCAAGUUCUCGCGCGAAUUCGUGGACACCGGCGAGCGUGGACGCAAUCUACGCGAGAAAAUGAAUCUGCACAACAACGAGGCGGGUCGAGCGCACGUUCAGGCGGAGAUGCGUCAGGAGUGCAAAUGCCACGGCAUGUCAGGCUCGUGUACGGUGAAAACCUGCUGGAUGCGUCUGGCCAAUUUCCGUGUUAUAGGCGACAAUCUGAAGGCGCGCUUCGAUGGCGCCACACGCGUCCAGGUCAGCAAUAGUCUGCGGCAGAGCAGUAAUGCGGUCGCCGUAAUCAGCCCCAAUGCCGCUGGUUCAAAUGGCGUUGUGGGUGGCGUCUCCAACGGCGGCAAUGGCCUUCCACCCUCCGUUAACGGUUAUGAUGAUGAGGAGCGGAUGCUCAACGAUCACAUACCCGAGCUGCUACUUGACAACAACCAUCCGAACAGCAAACAGCAUCAUCCCAAUAUGCCAUCGCCCAACAGUCUGCCAGUGGCAGGUGCUCGAUCUCGAGGACAUGGACGCGGUCGCCAGGGACGCAAACACAAUAGAUAUCAUUUCCAACUAAAUCCACACAAUCCCGAGCAUAAGCCGCCGGGUCCCAAGGACAUUGUCUAUUUGGAGCCAUCGCCCAGUUUCUGUGAGAAGAACUUGAGGCAGGGCAUCCUGGGCACACACGGACGCCAGUGCAACGACACCUCGCUGGGCGUCGAUGGUUGUGACCUGAUGUGCUGUGGGCGUGGCUAUCGCACCCAGGAGGUUGUCGUUGUCGAGCGCUGCGCCUGCACUUUCCACUGGUGUUGUGAGGUCAAGUGCAAACUGUGUCGAACCAAGAAGAUCAUACACACGUGCCUGUAAGGGCCACACCCCCACCACAUACCCCAUACUCCCCUUAAUCCAACUAUAACAACCCACUAACCUAUCCCAAUCCCCACUCUGUGUAUGUGUUAUGUAUUGUCUACGCUUAGCCUUUGUUAUUAGAAGUUAAGAGCCUAGACUAUAGCCUAGUUAAAGUCCAUUCAAUGUCCAUGAACCCUACUAAAUUUUAGUUUACAUAACAACAACCCACUCUGAUUUUUUAGCAGUAUUAUAUAUAUAGUUAUAUAUAUAUAGCGACGACACGAGUUCAUAGCCACGAUAAAAAAAAAAAAAGAAAAACAAGAAAAGAAAAGUGUACAACUUCGUUUUGCCCAGUUUUUAGUUCUAUAAGCAAUACGCGACCCUAGCAACAAAUUUAUGUAAAUUACGUUGCUGUACUUGUAAGUCCCAUAUGAAUAUAAAUAGUAUAUAUAUUUAGCUGUAGCCCUAGUUUAGCUAAACAUUUUACAAUUUUGAAAAGCGCGAUUAAGCCUCCUUCACUACUCCACCACACGAAAAAGAAGAAAAACGAACGAAAAAAUACGAAAUCAUUGAAAACAAGACUGAAAUUCAAUUGCGCGCAGCUGAAACUCUAAAACUCCCUCUCUCUCACUCACUCUAUAUGAGGAUCUGUCUCU